AUGCUGCUGCUGCAACCUCAACUUUACAUAUUAUUUCUAUUGUCGAUUUCGAUAGCAAAUUGUGGACGUCACGACUCAGAUGAGGAUUCUGAUGAAAGUGAUAAAGCGAACUCUCUGAUACCACUACCAAGCAAGUAUGCCAUUGAACAAAUCGGAGCAAAAUUUCUAGAUGCUCUCAUCAAAAAAGGUCAAAUGGAAAUGGCAAAGGGCGCGUUCAAAACACAACUUGAAGUGUUAGAGAAAGUCCAUCCAGAACAGUAUGAGAAAUACAAGAAGCUCAAAGUUGAAGAUCUUGCUGCGGAUGCCGUAUUGCAGCAAGCGGAAGUCGCCAAACUCCAACCAAAAACCGGUAAUCCUAUGGUUGAUAUGCUGAACGAGAAUGGAAUUCCAAUUGCGAGCAGUCUCAAAGGUAUUGAGCAGGCCAUAAAAACUCAAAAGGAAAUAGAAACACAGGACCA